AUGAGAAGGCUGCAAAGUUCUCUAGUUGAUGUCACAAAUGCUCUUGAGGAAUUGAAUGAGCAAGGACAAGACAAAAGUGGAAAACUGCAGUUAGCUGACGACCAGCUCCAGGAGUAUCAUAGAAUGGAAGCCUUGGAAGAUGAGAUUGCUAAAUUGAGGGAUAAGUUAUCUUACAUGGAGAAGAGCUAUCUGAUAAAGUGUGAAGAAGCUGCCAGUGCGAUUGAGUCUAAAGAGAAGCAAAUCACCUCUCUCGUGAAUGAGAUUUCUGUUCUAAGGACAGAUGUUUCUCAGAGAUUACCACAGGUAGAAAAAUUAGAAAUGGAAUUGGCUUCCUCAAAGAGUGCACUAGAUGAGCAGUACAAGCGUUGGCGAUCCGCCCAAGAAAAUUAUGAACGGCAGAGGGAUUGGGCUGAGCUUAAGGAGCUUCAGGAGCAGGGAGACCUUGUUACCCUUCAAUACCUGCAAGAAGUAGAAACAUCUCGAACAGAAGAGGACAAUCGGAAUGAAGAAGUUGAGUGUUUCAAGCAGAAGCUGCUAGAAGCUGAAAAGAAAAUUCAGUUCUUCGAGCAGAAACUGGAGGAAGCUGACAGGACCUGUUUGGAGCAAAAGCUGGAGGAAUCUGAGAAGGCUUGCUUGGAGUUGAGGAGACGUGUCACUUACAUAGAAGAUGAGAAGAAGUCUCUGAAGCAGAAUGUAAUAGAAAUGGAGAAGUUGUUAUUGGAAUAUGAGGAUUUAAGGAAGGAUCUUCACAAUCAAAUGAUGGCAUUGAAGGGUAACAUGAGAGUGUUUUGUAGGGUUCGCCCUUUGGCUGCAAAGGACAACCCAAAUGAUCAAAAGCUAAUUAUUUUUCCAGAAUCACUGGAAUACUCUGGACGUGGGCUCCAGGUGGUGCACAAUGUUUCUAUCCCAUGCUUUGCAAGAUGCUAA